AUGGGAGCUAGCACGCAUCAGGUGAUGGCAAGAACACCUCAAAACAGGUCAAUGCAGAUCCAGUUCAACUUAGGAGCAGAAGGACUGGGAAACCAUGGAUUUCCGCAAAUUGGGUGCAAAAAUACGAAGAGAACAGUGUCGUCAGCAGUGACAGCAAUAUUUUUGGUGUCGUGGGUGUCACUGACAACGUCAGUGUCAGCUUCUCCAGUGCGGAUCGUUUCACAUGCUUACAGAUCCAAUCCUGUCAGUGUUGCCAGCAGUCCCGUGUAUCCGAUUGUGCAGCAGUCAUUGCUGAGGUCCCCUGCCAACACCAACCGACCAACUGCUCUUCAGUCUACCCAGAGGAGUUCGAACCAAAAGUUCCAGUUUAUUUUCAUGCAAUUGCGAAAUAGAGCCGAAUCAAUUUUACUCGACUUCUAUGUCAAGGUUGAGAAGCUGGUUAUAUUUGCUUAUCGCGUCAAUCACCAUUAA